AUUCGGUUCUCUAUUUAUCAAGGCUUGGGCUUUAUAUAAGGUAAAGCUUGAAUACACUGUUUGGGAACAUGCCUUGGCUAAGACUGGCUAAGACAAACAAAUAUUCUCAUAUAAAUACCGUAAUACAUUUAUAUAUAUAGAUAUAUAUCUAUAUAUACAUGCACUGUAUGUACUCUAUGUGAAUAUAUUUGAUAUCUUUCAUGUAUUUAUUCUUGUGUAAAAAGGAUUGUUUUUAACUAGCAACUUAACAAAAAACUUCGGCAAACGUUCCAAUUUCACCUCGCUUUGCCCAUAUGAAUGUUGUAAAUCAGUGAGGAAAUGUGAUUGCUGUUUAAUACAUUUACACUAUUAUUAUUACUAAUCACAUAUACUUAAUAAUACAAGCAUUUGAUUAUCUGUUAUUCCUAUUGUAUAUUAUUUAUUUCUCAGUAUUUUCCAUUUUCUUAGAUCAGAUGGAAAGUGACAUGACUCAUAGAGUUGACAUUUGAGGUGUCAAACUCAUGUAAAAUCAUAAUGUCUUACUUUAACAGAGAAUUACUUUAUGUAAGUGAUAACGUUAACAUUAUCAUGUACAGGGGGGUCUACAAACAAAUGGGUACUGUGAAAUGAAUCAUUAAUUGAUUAACUGAAUAUUUUUCCGAAUCAUAUACAGAAAAUGGUCCACCACAUACUGCUGAUAUUUCUCACUCUUUGGUUUUGUGAGGUAACUGUGGCUGUUGAAGAAGCGAAUGUGACCUGCUACAGGAUUGAUCCUGCCACCAUGGCUGGCAUCAUCGUCGCAGAUGUGAUCUUGACCCUAGUCAUUGUCUUGGUCACCUACCAUUGUGCAAGCCGGAGGAGGAAGGGGAAAGCGGAAGGUGCAGCUGACAAGAUCUACAUGAAUGUCAGGGCAAACUGCAAGACAUGACGUUCCCCUGAGAAUCCGACAUACCAUAAGGUUUCACAUCUCCAUGAAAGUGGAUGAUGAGUUAAAUGCACAAACAAUUGUACAAUUUUUAUUUAAUUCAGGACAAAUUUAUUUAUAUGUGAAAGCACGUAUUUCUUUCAGGCAGCUCUUAACCAGUAUUCAACUUUUUGGAUUGUAAAUAUAUUCUGUAUUUGUACUAUGCAUAGGCAUGAUCAGGUGUCCAAUUCCGGCCCAGAUACUUCCCAUCGAUAGAAUAGAAUAUGUUAUCAAUAAGGGUUUUGUGAUUUUAUAAAACAUUGUACCUGUAAAACCAUUUUUAUUUGUUAUAUGUUUUUUUUUGUGUGUGUGUGUUGGGGGGGGGGGGGGGGGUUGAAACCAUGACCGUUUCAUAAAUUAAGAUUUUUGUGCAAAUGUACCCUUACUGUAAUACGAUAAUUCAAUCAAUCAACAUUUAUUCAUAUAGCACAUUUAAAAACAUCACACGUUGACCAAAGUGCAGCACAUCCCCAGAUCGCCACAAGCAAACAAUCACAGAUGCACAGAACACAGAGCUCAUCAGAAGCAUCACAUUGGGAUCUCCAUGUAUCUAAGGACACUCACAAGAAAAAGAGAAUAGAUGCGUCAUCAGCAUAAAUUUAAAACAAUCAAUUGAGUCAGAUGUUCUAAUUUGUAGUGGGGGGCUAUUCCAGAGGGGAGGUACUGCCACAACCAAAGCACAAUCUCCUUAGGUUUUAAUCUGGGUUUAGGGACAUUUAAGUGACGGAGUGACGCUAAUAAACUAAACUUGUAAUAGUUCAUCGUUGUAACUUACA